AUGGACGACCCUGGCAUGCCCCUCUGGUCGGAGUCGGAUGAAUCGGAUCGAGACGCCCAGAAUGUCUCCCACGGCAAGAGGGUUGCAACAGAGCAGAAGCAGCUUGAGGAGAAGGCUCACGACCCCGAACUCGUCAGUCUGAAGCAGAAGUUGGAUGAGGUCAUCGAGAAGGUUGAGAAUUUCCGUGGCAUUGAAUUCAUGAUCUCGGCGAAGAUGAUGAAUGAGAUCAGGGACACCUUGGGUGGUAUCGCCACCCUGGCCACAAAAUCCUUCACGAACUCAUCACCGUACCGAGAAAUCUGUAAGCACUUUCUCCAAAGAACUGGAUCCACUUCUGAGGCAUCCUUCUGGGCUUUGGCCAUCCAUGUGGUUGCCCCUGAUCAGGGCUUGUCCAAGGUUUGGCAUAAACACAAGACGGAGAGGGACAUUCUGGAAGCGAUAGUUAAUAUCAUCCGGACAAUUGCGUAUAGUGGAUGCCCUUCCAAGGAGUUGCUCGCUGUUCCUUAUACGGUGAAGCAUUCCUUGAUCGACUACGAGUGUAAGCUGGCUAGAAACCCAUGUGGUUCAGAUGUCAUGGGAGAUGUAGAUAUACGCAUUACCAGACAGAUAUUUUCACGAACAUGA